GCUGCUAGAGUAUAUGUAGUAGGACUGCGAAUAAGCAGCUUUAAAAAAAGUGCCAUAGCUAGCUGAAUCUGUAGAUGUUAAUCCGUUAAAAUUUGCUUUCACUCCAUCAAGAGCCCUCAAAAGUUGUUAAAUUUUAGAAUUGCGGAUUAAUCCCACCUCUCACUAGCACGUCAAAAGGACACCCUUGCCCAGUCCCCUACUUCCGUCUGGGAAAUAUCGCGAGACUUUUGUGCGUCGAGGUCUAAUGAAGCAAGUGUUAGCUACUAUAUGAAGCAAUGGCAGAAUCCUCACUGAAUACCCCAGUUGCCUCUUUUAAAAUCUGUUCUGCAGAGUAUAAAGACACAGUCUUAAACAAAUUUGAGGAACAUAGGAAAAACGAAUUUCUGUGUGAUAUUACACUGAUUGUGGAAGAAACCACCUAUAAAGCACAUAAAGCACUGCUAGCAGCAAGCAGUGAGUAUUUUUCAGCAAUGGUUGGCAGUGAAACCCAGACAGGCCAUUCUAUCUAUGUUUUGGAUGGGAUGUCUGCUGUAACAUUUGGUGCAGUGCUAGAGUUUAUUUACACAGGUCGUGUUUUGAUGGAAGAAACAACAUCUGAGCAGAUCUUGGCCAUGGCCCAAGUCCUAAUGGUUAAGGAUCUAGUAAAAGCCUAUGAAGAUUACAUGAAAAGCAGAAAGACAGAAAUAUCCAGCCAAAAGACUGUUGAUAUUGUUGUUAUAAAACAAAAGAGAGGAAGACCAAGAAAAUGUGAAGGUUUAAUCAAGGAAAAUGCAGCAAUAAAUAAACAUAAACCAUUUGAAAAUCAAGAGACUUUGUCAGAAGUUAAAAACAUGGAUGAAAUAAAUAGUUAUGAGCCACCUCAGGACCAGAAAGAUGAGGUUUGCAGUGACAUGCUUCAAAGCAAAAUUAUUAUGCGCAGUCGCUUCAGCAAUCGCAAGAUCAAAACGCCUGUCAAGUUGAAGGGAUUUAGAUUGGAAAGAGAUUCCUUGGAGCAAGGAGAAUCCAGUAAACGAGGGCGGAAACGUAAAUAUCCUGAUACAGAGGCACGUUGUGAAGACUGUGGAAAGGUCUUCAAGAACCAUCUCUUUUUAACUAUCCAUAAAAGAACCCAUACAGGUGAGAGACCGUAUGUAUGUACACAGUGUAGUAAAGGUUUCUCCCAAAAGCAUAGCCUACUAGUUCAUCAGAGAAUGCACACAGGGGAGAGACCAUAUGAGUGUCCUGUCUGCUCUAAGGCCUUGUCAACAAAACACUCCCUGGUUGAACACAUGAGCCUACACACAGAGCAGAAGUCUUUCAGUUGUGACCAGUGUGGAAGAAAUUUCAGCCAGAAGAGGCAAUUAAAGAGUCACUAUAGAGUGCAUACAGGUAAGCCUUUGCCGGAGUGUGUACAAUGCCAUCGAAGGUUUAUGGAUGCCGCUCAGUUAAAAAAACAUUUACGAACUCAUACAGGUGAGAAGCCUUUUACUUGUGAAAUCUGUGGCAAAUGCUUUACAGCAAAAAGUACUCUUCAAACCCACAUCAGAAUCCACAAAGGAGAAAAGCCAUAUGUGUGCAAUAUAUGCAACAAAUCAUUCUCUGAUCCAAGUGCUAAGAGGAGACAUGCUGCUUCACAUAGUGGGAAGAAGCCAUUUUCCUGUUCCCUUUGUAAUGUCACUUUUGCACGCCUUGACAAUCUUAAGGCUCAUAAAAAGACACACAACAAGGAAAAGCGUACGGUUGGAUUGACGGACCUGCCUACAACUGGAGAAGAAGAGGUUCAAAGUAUCCUUCAGCUUCAGCAGUACCAGCUGACUUCAUCAGGGGAACAGGAGAUUCAGCUAGUGGUUACAAAUGAUGUAGGUAAUUUAAAUUUUGUGCCUGGUCAAAGUCAAGGCCUGAGUAUAAUCGCUACAGAUGAUUCACCCACUUUGACGUCGGAUCAGGCUUCUGGAUUGACACUGCUCACUCAGCCUUCACAGCAUGUACAGAAUGUGGCCCUUGUUGCUCAAGGAGGACAAACAGAUCAGAUUCAGGCUAUUAGCGUAAUGGAGGGACAGGUUGGGUCUGGGCAAGCAGAGCAAAUGCAUGUUAUCACGCUGUCCAAAGAAGCCAUGGAACACCUCCAAGCCCAUCAUGGUCCACCACAGCAUCUACAAAUCACACAAAGGUCCACCGAACCUGUCCACCUAAUGCAGGACUCAACUCGACAAUUUCAUGAGCAAAGCUCACAACAGCUACAGAUAAACAGAGGGCAGCAGGCGAUUCACAUCAGUGGACAGACUCCUCAGCCUAUUUCCAUUAGCCAGACAUCCCAGCAAAUUCCCAACGAUCAGAUUCAAGGCCAGACUUUUCAGAUACAAGCUGGGACUGUUUCUUAUCUAUAUACUACAAAUUAAUCAGUGAUUAACAAAAUCAUUGUUUAAGGGAUACUCUUACUUGCCUUCAGCUUUUUAAAAAUCAUAAAUAUGAUGGGAUUUCUUUCAUAUUUUAAAAAAUCAUGACCUUAUUUAUUAAAACUACUUUGUGUGCAACCUUCAGAAUCCUACCAAGAAGAUGGAAAACUGCUGGUACUAAAGGAAAAAUGAAAGGUGUGUGUGUGUAAAUACACAUUCAAAUUACUUUUGUGCAUCAGCUUAAAGUAUACUAUAUACAAUUUUGAAGAUUUUUCAGGUAAAUGUUUGUUUACAAAUGGAUGCUUAUUAUAAUUCAUACAGCAGAGGAAGAUUAUUUACAAUGUUUAGCAAACGUGACAACCUUCUUGAGAACAUCACACAUAUGCAAACUGUGGAUUUAUUGAUUAUACCUCUGAUUAAAAACAAUUUUGUAAAUGAGCAGAAAAUUGACCUUCAUGUGGCUUAUUUGUAAUAAAAUUCAUUAUUUUUAAC